AUGAAUGACAUUUUCAGAGAGCAACUACUGAAAUUCGUACUUGUAUUCUUUGACAACAUCCUGGUCUACAGCUCAUCCACGGAGGAACACUUGAACCACUUGACAACGGUGUUCAACAUUCUCCAACAACAUGAACUGAAAGUGAAGAACAGCAAAUGUUCAUUUGGAGCAUCCAAAGUUGAAUAUUUGGGACAUGUCAUAUCAUCUGAAAGGGUUGCUGUGGACCCAGCAAAGAUUGAAGUGAUUAAAAACUGGUCUAAGCCAAAGACACUUAAAGGAUUGAGAGGGUUCCUUGGAUUAGCCGGCUAUUACAGGAAGUAUGUGAAACACUUUGGAAUUAUAGCCAAACCUCUGACUAACAUGCUUAAGAAGGAUGGGUUUAAAUGGUCGCAAGAGGCAGAAGAAGCUUCUGAAAAACUGAAGAUAGCGUUAACUACUACACUGGUCUUAGCUCUGCCUGAUUUUUCAAAGGAGUUUGUAGUCGAAUGUGAUGCUUCAGGAGUUGGGAUCGGAGCGGUGUUGUCUCAAGAAAAACAUCUUAUUGCUUACUUGAGUAAAACCUUGGGUCAGAAACAUUUAGACUUGUCAGUUUACGACAAGGAAAUGUCUGGCUCCCACAACACAGUUCCAGAUGCUUUAUCAAGACAAGGAGAGUUAAAGACUGUGAUGGGCAUUUCUACACCUGUGUUGUCUUUCAUGCAAAUUAUAAAGGAGUUUCAUGAAGGCAAGAUUGGUGGACACUCUGGUUGGCUAAGGACUUACAAGAGAAUCUCCAAAAAAAUUUUGUGGCCUAGGAUCAAGAAACAGGUAAGAAUUUUUGUUUCUGAAUGCAUCAUUUGCCAAAGAAAUCAUUAUGAAGCCAUAUCUCCUCCAGGAUUGUUGCAACCCAAUUCUAUCCCGACUGAAGCAUGGCUCAAUAUAUCUCUUGAUUUCAUUGAUGGUCUUCCUGUUAAUUUUGGGAAAUCAGAUAUUCUAGUAGUGGUGGAUAGGCUGACCAAGUAUGGGCAUUUUGUGGCUUUAUCUCAUCCCUAUACAGCCAAGACUAUAGCUGAAGUAUUUGUUAGAGAGGUUUUUCACUUACAUGGGAUGCCUAAGGAAAUCAUAAGUGAUAGGGACCCUACAUUUCUGAGUACCUUUUGGAAAGAGUUUUUUGCCAUACAAGGAACCAAGUUAUGUUACAGUACAACCUACCAUCCCCAAACAGAUGGCCAAACGGAGUCACUUAACAGGGUUCUAGAGCAGUAUUUACGGUGCACCAUCUGCGAGAAGGUUAUCAAAAAAAUUGGGAAAGUUGCUUACAAGUUACUGUUGCCUUCUACUGCAAAGAUCCAUCCAGUUUUUCAUGUUUCAAGGUUAAAGAAGAAGGUUGGCUCAGCAGUGAUAACCUCCCUUGAUUUGCCACUGAUGUUUGAGAGUGAUAAAAGUAAGUGGUAUCCAGCUAAAAUCCUUGAUAGAGGAAUUUUCAAAAAGAACAAUGCUGCAGUGACAAAAUGGCUUGUGCCAUGGAAGAACACCAAUGAAGAGGAUGCAACCUGGGAGGAUCCGGAGCAGUUCAUGAACAGAUUUCCAGAAUUUCAAACUUGA